AUGACUUCGACGGUUAAUGCAGUCAUUGGAGUUUUGAUAGGCUACAUGAAGAGAAAGCUGCAGGAGGCUGGUAGCCACAAGUCCCCCGCCGUGGGUUACUCUCGCCACAAGCAGGUCUUCAGCACAGAGCAGGAGAAGCAGCUCAUGGACUCUUUAAACACAGCGUCUGACAUGAACUGUGGGCUGAGCCACAAAGAGGUCCGAAAAAUCGCCUUCCAGUGUGCCGUGCAAUUUAAUUGCACAUACCCGGAGUCCUGGAAGACAUCUGAGAUGGCAGGAAAGGACUGGAUGACGUCUUUCCUUAAGCGUCACCCCACAUUGUCUAUCAAGAAGCCACAAGCAACCAGUCUUGCCGGGGCCUCAAGCGUCAACGAGGGCAAUCAAAAACCAAAACAUGUUAGGGGAGGGCAGGGCACAACCCAUCAUGUCAAUUAUAUCCAACUUGCUCUCAUAUUUGUGGUGCCUCAGGUGUCUGCAGAUGCCGUCACCCUCCAGUUGCUGAGAGAAGCCAGGGAGACGGUGAGGAGGAGUCCUUUGGGGGUGAUUAACACUCCCAUGAUCCCCUGGUGCCAGACCACCCUCCCUCUCAGCAUCUCCUGCAACAUCCACCUCAAACUGGAGAACAUGCAGAGAACAGGCUCGUUUAAAAUCAGAGGGGUGGCCAAUCAGUUUGCCAGGAGAGAGAGGGGUGGCCAUUUUGUCACCAUGUCUGCAGGGAACUAUGGGAAGUCCUUUGCAUAUGCCUCCAAGCACUAUGGGUCAAAGGGCAAAGUGGUGAUGCCAGAAACAGCCCCAAUAUCCCGAUCUAUUCUCAUACAGAGCUUUGGGGUGGAGGUGGAGCGGAUGCCAACCUCCUGUCUGAUGAAUGUGGUGAACCGCUGUGUUCAGCAGGAAAACAUGACCUUCUUGCACUCCUACAAUGAUCUGGACUUAAUAGCAGGGCAUGCCAGUGUAGGUAUGGAGGUGCUGGAGGUGGUACCUGAGCCGGACGUGGUGGUGGUGGGUUGUGGGGGAGGGGGGCUGCUGGCCGGGGUGGCUGCAGCCAUCAAGCUAUCCGGCUGUAGCAGGACCAGGAUCUAUGGAGUGGAGCCUGAAGGAGCCUGCACCAUGUACAGAAGUUUCAUUGAGAAGAGGCCGGUGGGGAUGGACACCAAGAGCAUCGCCUCAGGACUUGCACCUCCAUUUGCAGGCACCCUGACAUACGAGCUGUGCCAGCACUACGUGGAGGAGGUCGUGCUGGUGAGUGAUGAGGAGAUCCGGGCGGCGGUGGGCUCUCUCUAUGGCUCCGACCUGGUGGUGGAGCCCUCCGGAGCCGCUGCCUUCGCCGCCAUCGCCAACAAGAUACCUGACCUGGAGGGGAGGAGUGCUGUCUGCAUCCUGAGCGGCGGGAACAUCGGCAGAGACGAGCUCAUAAACUUCCCCGGAUGA